AUAUAAAAAUGUUGUGGUGACAUAUGAUGAAAUUUCUCCCACCAAUUUCCUAAUCUUCUUUUCUCCUCUUAUUGACUUUACUCUACUUUCCUUUGUUCUUCAUCUUCUUCUUCCUUAGUUCCUAUUUCAAUUUCUUGAUUUCUUUUUUGACGUUUUCCUCUCCUCUCUUCUCCACUCCCCUCCAUAGCCAUCUAAAUUGAAGGACAAGAUUUUAGCAUCCAUAAUGUUGCCAUCUGAAAAUUCUUCUCCUAGGAAGACAUUCAAGAAACUCAGAAAUUCCUUCCAUUUGAUCAAAUCUCAAGUUGGAUUUCAUCACUGUAAAUGGUUUUUGCUCAUCAUUCUCAUUCAAGUUACCUUCAUUCUUUUCCUCGCCGGAACUUCCCCUCCGGCCAUUUCCCUCCGACAACACCACCAGCACCAGCAGCAGCAGCAGCGCUUCCAAAUCUCGAAACCUCAAAAACAGAGCAUUCACCAACAGAAACAGAGCAAGGACCAAGUUCAAAUCUUGCAAGAUUCAAAACCCAAAAACAAACGGUUAGAACAAGCUAAGGAGCCCCACAAUGAGUGUGAAUCCGGGAGAGUUUAUGUAUACGAUCUUCCAACAAAGUUCAACAAAGAUCUUUUAAACAACUGUCAUGAUUUAGACCCAUGGAGUUCUCGAUGCAACGCGGUUUCAAAUGGCGGUCUUGGCCCAAAAGCAACUGGACUCGACUCAAUCGUACCGGAGAAUCUCCUGUCAGCUUGGUACUGGACAGACAUGUACUCCGCUGAAGUCAUUUACCACGAAAGGAUUUUGAACUACAAAUGCAGAACAUUAAACCCCCAAAAUGCUACUGCAUUUUACAUCCCCUUUUAUGCAGGGCUUGCAAUUGGGAAGAUUUUAUGGUUCACCACGGCUAAACAACGAGAUCGCCCUAGUGAAAUCAUGUUAGAAUGGGUUAAAGAUCAACCUUAUUGGAAUCAAAAUCAGGGUUCGGAUCAUUUCUUGAUGCUCGGUAGAUUAACAUGGGCAUUUCGAAGAAAAACAGAUGAUGAUUCCGAUUGGGGCACGAGUUUUCUCCGAAUGCCAUUGAUGAAAAAUGUUCUCCGUUUAUCUAUUGAAAAGAAUCCGUGGGAUGAUUUAGAGGUUAGUGUUCCUUAUCCUACUGCUUUUCACCCACAGUUCGAAACAGAGAUCAAACAAUGGCAAGAUUUCGUGAGGUCGCGUAAUCGUUCUAGCCAUUUUUGCUUCGUGGGUGCUGUGAGGAAGAAGAUCAAGAAUGAUUUCAGAGAAGUGUUGAUGAAUUACUGCAAGAACGAAACUGGUUCUUGCAAGAUUGUGGAUUGUUCCGUCGCGCAUUGUUAUGACGGAGCACCAGCAAUUCUUGAAGCAUUUUUGGAUUCUGAUUUCUGUUUACAACCAAAAGGGGAUGGAUUUACAAGAAGAUCGAUGUUCGAUUGCAUGAUGGCAGGUUCAAUUCCAGUGUAUUUUUGGGAAGGAAGUUUUAAGACUCAAUAUGAAUGGCAUUUGCCUUUACCAUCAGAGGAUUAUUCAGUAUAUAUGGAUCAUACUGAAGUUAGAAAUGAUACUAAAAUAAUUAGAAAAGUCCUUGACAAGUUUACUAAAGAGGAUGUGAGAAAAAUGAGAGAAAUUUUGAUUGAUGCUAUGCCUAAGUAUUUGUAUGCAAGGUCUAAUCAGGGAUUAGGGACUAGUAAUGAUGCUUUUGAUAUUGCUAUUGAUCAAGUUUUGAAGAGAUUCAAGAAGCAAAGGGAACAACAAAAACAAAUCUUGGAGAAAUCAAGAAAAGAUGAAAAAUCUAUAGAAUAAAGCAAUAAGAAGGUACAUUACUCAACAGGAAUUUCAACCUCCCAUUCUUUUACUACUUUAAAUCAAUUAUUCUUUUGUUUUGUUUAUUAUAAGUUCAAAGGGAGCAGCAUAAUUAAUUAGAGAAGUGAAGAUGUUAGAUGAAUAAGAAAUUGCAGCAUUACUAGUAAAUUUUCGUCAUUGAUAUAGACUCCUUUUUAUUUUUUCCUUAGAUGUAAAUUUUCAUUCAUUGAUAUAGAUGUUACAUGAGACUUUGUUGAGUGUCCUUGUAAUUUCAGUAGUAGGAAGAUAGAAUUCAUUCUGACAAUCUAAGCAGUGCUUUGUCUUUGAGUAGAGACUGAAAAGCAUAAUGAAACUGAGGUAAUAUUAACGAGUUAUUUUCCUGAAAAGCCAUGUUAUGCUCCUGGGGAGAGGGAUGCGGGAAAGUGGAGUUCUCUCACCUGUGCUCACUUAUGUUUUAUAAGUCAAAUUGCAUUUUCAAUUGGCGCUCAACAGAUUGGUCCCAAACCUCUGAAAUGCGAGGCAGAUUUAACGCUACACCUUUCCCUUAACGCCUCCCUAUGGCGGAGCUCAGAAUCAUAGGAUGCACACCGCUGAAGUUGCCGCCAUGAAUUAAGAAUUGAAAGGGUUGAGGAUAGAGUUUCUUUUUCAUUUACGGGGUAGUUGGCAAGAGCUAUACCAGCUUACGGUUAUUUUAGAAACAUACGCCAUGACGAUUGGGUGAGUAGUCAAAUUAGGCCAAUGGUCUUGCUCCGUUUUAUACUAAGAGAUUAUGGUUAUGUCUAAUUUCAUUAUAGGGCUAGUACACCGAGCAACUUUAAAUUCUAUUUUGAUAAUUACCUACUUAAAUCACUCUUGUUUUCCCCCGAUAUCUUCAAUAUAUUUCAUGAGUUAAAAGUUACGGCA